AUGGGUUCCAGUACAAAUCUAUUUACGUUCUAUCAACUGGAAACAACGAAUGUGGUAUUAGGACUUUUGUCAAGUGGUAGUGUAGUCUUCCUAGCAGGAGAUCUUCUUUAUGUUUGGUGGGUAUACCAAUCUAAUGAGCGACGUGUCAACAAAACUAUGGAAAAAGGCACUCGACCACAGUUGGCGGUGUUGGAGGAUGAGUAUGUUCCUCGGCCUAAAGUUAUAGAGCGCCUUAAGGGAAUUUUUCAACCAAAUAAAAAUCAUUCAUAUUAUCAUGCUGUUUGCGGAGAACAUGGGACUGGAAAAACGACAUUGACCAGAAUAGUGGCAAACGAAGUUGGGAAAGGUGUUAUAUACAUUGAUAUUCCUUCAAAUUUUAACAAGUUAGGUGACGAGUUUGGAAAAGCUAUCAAUUUCACUUUCGAAGAAGAUGCCUCACUUACAAUGCAACUGAAGCGAAAAAUUUUUAGAGAGACUGGGGAUGAAACUAAACGUGCCUCUGAAGUGUAUAAAACGAAGUAUGGCAAACCACCGGUCAUUGUUUAUGACAACAUCAGCCGUAUAGCUCACAAGAAUCCGGAAAUCCUCGACAUCCUUCAAGAUGAUGCCAAGGAUAAUGCCGAUGACAGAAAGUACAUUGCAGUGUUUGUUAGUAGCGAAGGAAGUGUUCCUCGAAGAAUGCAGUCACGUAGUGCUUGGUCACGUGCAAGAGCUCCGAUCGAAAUUGGUGAUAUCUCCAGAGAAGAAUCAUUGAACUACCUGAUCAACAGGCGUGGAAUCAAGACUGUAAAGGAAGGCAAGAUUGAUACUACAGACGCAGAGAAAUUAUAUGAUUUGGUUGGUGGACGCAUUUUAGAUCUAAAGUCCGUAGCAGAUGAAUAUCAGCAAGGGCAAUCCAUUGAAGGUAGAAUUAGUUUUGAUAUUUUACAUUACGUGGUUCUGCUUUAA